AUGAUCGUUAUCCGUCAUGUAGACUGUUAUGAUAUAGGAUACAUAAGUGAGACACAAGAAGAAAGUCCUAAUUCUACAAUGUUGUUCUCUGUGUGGAUCACCGUUGGAUGCUGGACAAUGGGACAGCCGUGGGUGACAGAUCGAGGUUGCUGGAAUCCAAGAAAAGCAAAGGAAAUCUCAGAUCUAGGAAAAUCUAAUUCCCAACAUAGACACGGCAGAAUCUUGCAGCAACGUCCUUCUAGAGUCAUUGAUUUCCCUGUUGAAGGCACCGAUGAUCCGUUUCUUGUGGGACAGAUUCAGCUUGAGUUCUUUGAUCCUUCGACCUCAUCGACAACUUCUCUUAUAUCGUGUUCAGACCAAAUGUGUGCUUUGGGAGAAGAGUCUUCUGUUUCUAGCUGUUUAAAUCAGAACCAAUGUGGUUACAAGUUCCAAUAUGGUGAUCGAAGUGGAGCAUCAGGUUAUUAUGUAUCAGACUUGAUAUAUUUCGACACAAUUGUUGGCGAUUCAUCGACUUCAAAUUCAUCAGCACUUGUUGUUUUUGGUUGUAGCACAUCACAGACUGGGGAUCUUACUAAAUCUGAAAGGGCAGUCGAUGGUAUAUUUGGCUUAGGACAGCAGGGCUUAUCUGUGGUUUCACAACUUUUUUCACAGGGAGUUGCCCCUAAUGCAUUUUCUCAUUGCUUGAAUGGAGAUAAUGGUGGAGGUGGUAUAUUGGUGCUGGGACAGAUUGUGGAGCCAAACAGAGUCUACACCCCACUAGUCCCAUCACAGUAUGUAUUCAAUCUGUUUGACAAUUUUCGUGACUGGCAUUAAUUUUCAGUUUAAUCCCUUGACUAUUGGAAUCUGAUUACGUUUAGUACUUGUUUA